CACGCAACGCAACGCAACCUUCGUCGCGCCUUUCUUUACUCUGGUCUCCGCCGUGAACUCGGUUUGUCUUUUCUUUAGUUUAAAGGAAUCGGCGAUCAUCUUUUUAUAAGCCUCUCCUAUCUCUCUCCUCGUUCUCUCUCUAUAGAUAUAUCUCAAUAGACACACAUACACACACAUACACGGACACUUGUUGGCUUGCCCUCGUGUUCCUCAUUGUUUUAAUAACACAACUCGUCAAAGUUAUCAGAACAACCCUUUCAGUUCACGGAGGAGUCUCUGUUGUCUGCUUCGAACAGUGCUCAAGGAGAGUAAACAGUCGCUAUUCCGUUCCCAGAAGUCGCUCACACUGAGAUCCCAAACUGAGUGGCUCUGUGCUCACCUGUUGCCAAUAAACUUUCUGGCUUCAUGUGAGAAUGGAAAACUGGACACAUACAUCGGAGACCUAGAGACACGCCGGUCAAGCGAGGAAGACUAGUUGUAAUAAAAGGUAAGCUGGUGAAGAAGGUUUUCAUGCUCAAACGGUGCUAAGUCUAGGUUUAUGGUGCAACAUUCUAGAAGACUACCAGCUAAGCUAAAGAACAAGGUUACAGAGCUCAAUGGACGGCGAGUUGCAUGUAGAGCAGCAAGUCCCAUCUGGGAUCCUGAGAGGCAUAAAUUUCAAUAUCGUAACUGAGGCAGAUGCAGAGAAGGCAUCUGUCCUACAAAUUGAAGCAAUCAAUGAGGUCACUGAUCCAAAGUUGGGAGUGCCAAACCCAACUGGUCAUUGCCCCACAUGUGGUGCCAAAGAUGCGAAGCACUGUGAAGGCCAUUUUGGAGUAAUAAGAUUUCCAUGCACAAUACUCCACCCAUAUUAUAUAUCAGAAGUUGCACAGAUUUUGAAUAAAAUUUGCCCAGGAUGUAAAUCCCUUCGGCAGCGUAGGGUCAAGGGCGCUGAUUCAACAUCAAGACAGCGCCAGGCUAGAAAUUGCAAAUAUUGCGAUGGAAGCAUCAAAGACUUCUAUCCAAGAAUGAAAUUUAAAGUUUCCAUGAAAGAUAUGUUUGGGAAGACCGCAAUAAUAGCUGAAGUCAAUGAAAACUUGUUGAAGAAGGUUCGAAGUAGAGGUUCUAGGGAAGUUCUGGCUUCUGAUUAUUGGGAUAUCAUUCCAAAAGAUGCACAACAAGAAGAAAGUUUACUGAAACCAAACAAAAGAGUCCUAUCACAUGCCCAGGUUUAUCAUAUGUUGAAAGAUGUUGAUCCGAGGUUUCUUAAAGAGUUUAUUUUAAGCAAAAAUUCUCUCUUUCUCAGUUGUUUCCCUGUAACUCCCAAUUGUCAUCGCGUGUCAGAAUUUGCGCAACAUAUGAUCUUCGAUGAGCGCACGAGGGCUUACAAAAAGCUGGUUGAUUUUAGAGGAACCGCCAAUGAGUUGAGUUUGCGUGUUCUUGACAGCCUAAAAUCCUCCAAGAUACACUCUGAAAAAUCAUCAACUAAUGAUUCUGCUUCCUAUUUACCAAAAAAGGAUUCUGCUUCUAGUAUGUCUGGCUUGAAAUAUAUCAAAGAAGUGCUUCUUGGGAAGCGAAGUGAUCAUGCCUUCCGCAUGGUCAUUGUUGGCGAUCCAAAUAUAAAGCUCAGUGAAAUUGGAUUACCAUGUUAUAUUGCAGAGAGGUUACAAAUAUCUGAGCAAUUGAAUUCUUGGAACUGGGAGAAGCUGAACACUUGCUGUAAUCUACGCAUUCUUGAAAAGGGAGAGAUUUUUGUUCGCAGGAAAGGUGGUCUGCUUCGUGUAGGUUUUAUGGAUAAAUUGAAGAUAGGGGACAUUAUAUAUAGGCCCCUGAUCGAUGGAGAUAUUGUCUUGAUAAAUAGGCCUCCAUCUAUUCAUCAACACUCCUUAAUUGCUUUAUCUGUUAAGGUGCUUCCCAUAAAUUCAGUUCUUUCAAUAAACCCUCUUAUCUGUUCUCCUUUUCGUGGGGAUUUUGAUGGUGAUUGUAUUCAUGGUUAUGUUCCUCAAUCAAUUGAUUCUAGAACUGAGCUCCAUGAGCUUGUUUCUCUGAACAAGCAGCUAAUUAACAGACAGAGUGGUAGAAACCUUCUUUCCCUAAAUCAUGAUAGUUUAACUGCAGCCCAUUUGGUUGUCGAAGAUGGGGUAGUCUUGAAUCUUUUCCAAAUGCAGCAGCUGCAGAUGUUCUGCCCUCGUCAGCUGGAAUUGCCAGCAAUUGCAAAAGCAACUUCACCAGAUGCUUGUUUUUGGACUGGGAAGCAAUUAUUUAGCCUUCUUCUGCCCCCAGAAUUUGAAUAUGCUUUUCCGUCAAAUGGUGUUUAUAUAAGUAAGGGGGAGCUUCUAUCUUCAUCUGAUGGAUCUUCCUGGCUACGUGACUCUGAUGGGAACCUUUUCCAUAGUCUUGUCAAACAUUGCCAACAGAAGGCUCUUGACUUUCUCUAUGCUGCCCAGGAAGUUCUUUGUGAGUGGUUGUCAAUGAGGGGCUUGAGUGUUUCCUUGUCCGACCUUUACCUCUCUUCUGAUUCACACUCUCGAAAAAAUAUGAUCGACGAAGUCUCUUGUGGUUUGCGUCAAGCAGAGCUGAUCUCCCAUAUCAAACUAUUGAUGGUGGAUUCCAAUCAGGAUUUCCUUGUUGGAAGUGGUGAGGAAAGUGAAAGUGCUGUUGAUUUUGGGGUGGAGCGCAUGUGUUAUGAAAAGCAGAAGUCAGCGGCACUUAGUCGAGCUUCAGUCUCUGCUUUUAAGCAAGUGUUCUGGGAUAUUCAGAAUUUAGUCUACCAAUAUGCAAGUAAGGACAAUUCUUUACUGGCUAUGUUAAAGGCUGGAAGCAAAGGCAAUUUGAUGAGAUUAGUCCAGCAUAGCAUGUGUCUCGGUUUGCAGCAUUCAUUGGUUCCAUUGUCUUUCAGAAUUCCCCACCAGCUUUCUUGUGCUGCUUGGAACAACCACAAGGCACCUGCCUCAACUCAGAAGACUAACAAUAUUUCUGAAUGUGCUGGGCCUUUCAUCCCGUACGCUGUGGUUGAAAAUUCUUUCCUCACAGGCUUAAAUCCUCUUGAAUGUUUUGUUCAUUCAUUAACAACUCGAAAUAGUUCCUUUAGUGACAAUGCCGAUCUUCCUGGGACUUUGAACCGGAGGCUUAUGUUUUUCAUGCGUGAUAUAUACAUUGGAUAUGAUGGAACUGUGAGAAAUGCUUAUGGGAAUCAACUUGUUCAGUUCUCCUAUGAUAUUGAGGCCAUCUCUUCGAGUAAUGAUACUGACUGUUCCUUUGAUGACAACACUAAUGCUUGUGGUGCAAUGGCUAGCGAACCUGUUGGUUCAUUGGCUGCUUGUGCCAUUUCUGAAGCUGCGUACAGUGCUUUGGAUCAACCAAUUAGUGUACUUGAAACAUCGCCUCUUCUAAAUCUUAAGAAAACACUGGAAUGUGGUGUGAAAAAAAUUAGUGGUGAUAAAACUGCUUCACUGUUCUUGUCCAAGAAACUUGGAAGAUGGACAUAUGGUUUUGAAUAUGGAGCUUUAGAAAUUCAGAAUCACUUGGAGAGACUACUCUUUUCAGACAUUGUUUCUACUGUUAUGAUAUUCUUCUCCCCACCGACUCAUGGCCGUACACAUAGCAGUCCAUGGGUUUGCCAUUUUCAUAUUUGUAAGGAAAUAGCAAAGAGGAGAAGACUGAAACUGGAUUCUGUCAUUGAUGCUCUCUGCGUGAAUUACAAUUCGUCCAGAAUGAGACUAAAAAACAACCUCCCAAACUUGCAUAUAACAAGCAAGGAUUGUGGUGUAACUGACAAGCAGAAAGAAAAUGAGGCCACAUUUUGCAUUACAGUCACAAUAGUUGAAGGCUCCAGGAACUCCUGUGUACAAUUAGAGAACCUUCGAGAUACGGUGAUACCAUAUCUUCUUGGAACUGUUAUAAAAGGAUUCCUUGAGAUCAAGAAGGUGGAUAUCUUAUGGAAAGAUCAGCCAAAUGUAUCAAGAUCUCAUUUUAGUUCUUCUGGUGAACUCUAUUUAAGGGUUUAUAUGUCUGAAAACUGUGAUAGAUCAAAAUUCUGGAGCGUCCUUGUGAAUAAUUGUCUCCAAAUAAUGGACAUGAUUGAUUGGGAUCGCAGUUAUCCAGAUGACAUUCGUGAUGUGAGUUCGGCCUACGGAAUAGAUGUUGCAUGGAAAUGCUUUCUGAGUAACCUGAAGAUUGCAAUAUCUGAUACUGGCAAGUGUAUACUUUCAGAACAUUUGCUUCUUGCCGCAGAUUGUCUAUCAGCUACGGGAGAGUUUGUUGCCUUAAAUGCAAAAGGGUUGGCGCAGCAAAGAAAACAGACCUCUGUUUCUUCGCCAUUCACACAAGCAUGCUUUUCUAAUCCAGGCGAUUGCUUCAUUAAGGCUGCCAAGAUGGGAGUUGUGGAUAAUCUUCAGGGGAGCAUAGAUGCAUUAUCAUGGGGAAUGAUUCCUUCUAUAGGAACUGGAGGACAGUUCGAAAUGUUAUAUUCCCCGAAGGGACAUGAACUUGCUACUCCUAUAGAGGUCUAUGACUUGUUGGGUAGCCAGAUCAGCUCUCUUGAACAGAAUGUAAAGGUCAAGGCACCCAGCUGGCAUGACCGUAUGUCCAAUAAAUGUCACACUCAGCCAAUAUGUACAUAUGAUGAUAUUGCUGUGAAAGGAUGUAAAAAUUUGGAAAUAUCGCUAACAAAAUUAAGAAGUGUUAUCUCGCUGAAGGACAUUCAGAGGUUGUCUCAGGAAUUGAAGUAUAUGCUACGCAAGUAUCCUGUCAAUCACCAGUUAAGUGAUGUGGACAAGUCUAUUGCAAUGAUGGCUUUAUAUUUUCACCCUCGAAGGAUAGAGAAGAUUGGAACUGGUUUUCAGGAAAUAAAGAUUGGUUAUCAUUCAAAACAUGAAAAUACUCGCUGCUUUUUGUUGGUAAGAACUGAUGGAACAGUCGAAGACUUCUCAUACCAUAAGUGUGUACAUGGUGCAUUGGAGAUUAUUGCUCCUCAACGGGCGAAAGCUUAUCAGUCAAGGUGGCUAAAUGAAACAAUUAGGGAGUGAGAGGCAUUUACGGUGGCUUUCUAACCUUUGCGUUGGAUAGUUAGAUGUGCAGUCAUCUUGAUGCAUCACUCAUAAAUGAGCCAGAGGAUUGCUUCCUGGACUGGUUUUGUUAAUCCAAUGCUUCUUGUGGCUUGAAAGCUAAGGAAAUCUGAAGCAGAUCUAACUUGUGGACAACCGCAUGUUGAAAGUGUUGGCAUGACAUCUAAAAAAAGUGUGGGGUUAUGGGUUCGAUUUUUGUCAUCAAUUAGAACAGAAUUUUGUUUUCCUUCAUGCUGCAGUAUCUCUUCUUUGAGUGAUAUUAUGGCUUUUGGGAGCUCUCACACCUUUCCAAAGUUGUACAACUUCUACAGAAACCGAAUGUUGUGUCCAACCAGAGCAAAGGGCUGUGUAUCCUAUACUCCUUUUCUUUUCCGAGUGCAAAGACAUCUUUUGUGGUUUUUCCCUUGGUUAAUUUAGAGUUCUUUUUGCUGAUUCGCAGAAAUUUAUUAGUAAUCAAGAGUAUUGGAUGAAGAAUAUCUGAUGUAAGUAGCGAAAAACAAGUUUGGAAAGGGAAUCCCCUUUUUAUGUUGUAUUUUUAUCUGGCAAUGGAAACAUCAAUAAACAUCAAUGUUCCGGCUAUUUUCUGUGUCAUUUUUAUUUAUUUAUUUUUUCAUUGGAUGUCUGGUUGAUGUAA